AUGAAGUCUGUGGCCCUGGGGACCCAGGGGCUGCCCCUGGUAUCGUUCUCUGCUCCUGGAGGCCGCAUGGUGCGAAAGGUUCGGUCGUUUGGGGAAAGGAUUGUGCUUUUCAUUCUAAACGACAUUAUUUUUGGAAGACGCGAGAGAAAUUUGGAUGAUGAUGACAUGUUUUUACCUCACUCUGUGAAGGAACCAGCUAAAAUCCUGCGGAGACGUGGAGCGGCUGUUGGGUUUUACACAACCAAGAUGAAAGGCAGCCUGUGUGGUGAUGGCACCGGUGCGUGCUACCUGCUGCCUGUCUUUGACACCGUGUUCAUCAGGAGGAAACACUGGCGCCGAGGCUUGGGGACAGCCAUGCUGCGGGACUUCUGGGAGACAUUCCCAGAGGAUGAGGCCCUGGGGGUCGGCUGCCCAGUGUCUCCUACCAUGUACCAAGCACACCCAGGAAAUUCCGAGGACGUGAGCCGUCAUGUGAGGACUUCUCAGAAUGACAGACCCAGACAGUCUGCCCCUGGAGACGGCAGCAAGGAGAGGAUGCGUGGAGAAGAACUGGAAGACGCAAAGAAUGAUCCAGAGUGUGGAGUGGAAAAGGAGGAUGCCGGGCUGGCGGGGCAGCCACCAGGCAAGCUUACAAGGCCCAGUCCCUGA